CAUAAUACUAGCGAUUUAUCGUCUGCACAGAAUCUGGACACAUUUGUACACACGCAUAUCGCAUGCAGUGCAGCACACACUUUUUUACUUGCAACACGUGUGAGUACGGUAGUGGAACCAAGAAAAACUUCUUGACCAAUAAAUUUGAUGGGUAUAGAGAGCUGAUUUGUCAACGUGUGGGACGUGCCAUAUGCUACUAUAUACUGCAGUCAUCAUCAGUAUCAUCAGCAGCGGUGACGGUUGGUUUAAUUCUUCGCAUUUUCUGAGGGGAAACACAGCAAGCCUUCAUGUAGAGGCCAGAGUAAGAUGCAAGUCACUCAUCUGUACAGCCCCUGCUCAUCAUCAGAGCAAGAAUCCAAGACUCCAGCUGACGGCCAAGUGGGGCAGGGGACUGAUGAGGAACCCAAGACAGAAUGCAAGGCCAACUGUGUUGCAGGGCCUUCCAGGCAGCAGGAGGCCCUCCCUGCUGAGAAAGAGAAGCUGCUCCAACCACUGCCUUCAACUCCUGAAGAUAAAUGGAAGCCUUACUUUGAGAAAUUUGACGUGGACGGUAAGGGCAACAUCAGCAUGGAAGCCUUCCAGGUGAUCCUGUACAAGCAUGGACUGAAAGACGAGCUGGAUCCUCACAAGCUGGAAGUCCUGGAAGCCACCAUUGAGGACAACACUGGUGGACGGCUCAGCUACCAAGAAUUCGUCAACAUUAUGAGUGACAAGAGAACCCUGAGUUUCUCCAUUGCCGUCCGCACCCGUGGUGAGCACUACGACACAGAGAGCACCCUCCAGCUGACUGCCGUCAAGCCUCCCUACCGUGAGAGGUUCCUCAAGCUGGUGGCCGAUGAGGUUCUGACCAAUGAAGAGCACAGGAGAAACUUCCUCAGCAACUUCCUCUGGUGUCUUCCUCCUCUAGUCAUGCUGUCUGUCAGCUGCAUUGAGCUAGGCUUCUACAUUGGCAUUGGAGUCAACAUGACCCGUACUGAUGCCGUCAACACCACCUUGGCCGACUUCUGGACGGGACCUGUGCCCAAGAGCAGCUGGAUGAUCUUUGAUCCAGAGAAAAAGAUCCAGUUCUGGAGAUUUGCUACAUAUAUUUUUGUACAUGGAGGCAUUGAGCAUCUUCUUUUUAACCUAGCUGUCCAACUUUUACUCGGCGUAGCCAUGGAGAUGGUUCAUGGAUCACGGAGAAUAGGCGGUCUUUAUAUAUCAGCGAUAGCUGCAGGUUCCAUGGGCUCCUCAGUCCUCGACAGGACAAGUUUUGUAUGCGGGGCCUCAGCAGGCACAUAUGCUCUGUUGUCUGCACACCUUGCUAAUGUUUUGUUGAACUUUUCUGAGAUGAAGAUAGGAGCAUUGCGAUUUGGUGUAAUUCUAGCAUUAGUGAGUUUAGACUUUGGCCUGGCAGUCUACAGACGGUAUUCCGGUCUCAAGACAGCGACGUCCUUCAUCGCCCACCUGAUGGGCAUUGCAAUCGGCCUGACCAUCGGGCUAUUCAUUGUCCGGAACUAUGACCAGCGACUCCACGAACGGCUAACGCUGUGGGUACUCACAGUUCUGUACAUGGCUUUCGUCAUGUUUGUCAUAUUCUGGAACAUAUUCUACAAGCCGGCCGUAUAGCACCAGUUGAUGUCACGACUUGCCUUCGAGGCUUCUUCCAUCCUGGGUUUGUAAAACAAAAUAACAAAAUUGUAUUCAUAACAGUCCAGGGUGUUUUCCCAGAAGUUGAUAGUUUGGUCAGCUUGGAGACCCUGGGAUAGUUUUAUUGUAGAAAUAACUCAUUUUGUAAACGUUGUCAUGUCCAAUGAGAUUUUUUGCAGCUUUUGAGAAAAAAAAAACGAAAGGAUUUUUCUUUUCUUUUUUGGUCAACGAAAGAAAGCAUUUUAGAUGUCUUGUAUGGCAUGUUAAAUUUUGGUAAAUUUGUGCUAUUAAUACUUUAUGCUGUGUGCUGUUUAUUGUUCUUGUUAUGAUGAUAUCAACCUUAUCCUCAUAAAAACACCAAAUGAUUUUGGAGGAUCUGUAGGAUUUACAAAAGCAGAGCGCAUCCUCUUUACAUUUGGGAUUAAUGGCUUAAAGUACAGUGAAUGUGCUGUAGCCAGUGGCGUAAAUCUUUGCCAGGGUGAUGACCAAAAUCCAAAAAUGGCCCGGCCGUGGAAAAUCGGAAAGGGGGGCCUGGGGCUGGACACCAUAUUACACUAGGGGGCGCUGUUCAGGAUAUACAUGUAUAUGAACAUGUAUACUCGUGC